GGCAGGCACACUGUGUGCCACCAGUUAGACCACUUCAGCACUCCUCCACGCUACAGCAGGUGUGCCAACACUAAUCCAGCAAACAUGGACAACAUCUACGAAACUGUAGAUGAGGGACGUAUGCAGAAACAGCCCCGCGAUGGAGCAAACAGCCCCGAACGAGAGCCCAAAUAUGAGAUCCCCGCAGAGGUCAUGGAGCCGCUGUACAGCGAGGUGCAGGUCCACGUCUCCACGAAGGGAGAGGGGCGCAGCUCCCCGGACUACAUGGCCGUCAGAGACGAGGACAAACACAGCAGCUCGUCCUCUUCAUCCAGCGAUGAUGAAGAAGAGGCGAAAGCAAAGGACGAGGUUAAAGAAGAAGUUGAAGCUGAGGAAGGACCAGAGGUGUGCGUAAUGCCCGAGCCAGUUGUGUGUCCAAUGCCGGAGCAAGAAGUUUGCGACCUGCCUGAGCCAGUUGUGUGUCCAAUGCCGGAGCCAGAGGUGUGCGUAAUGCCGGAGCCAGUUGUGUGUCCAAUGCCGGAGCCAGAAGUCACGGUGCAGGUGGAGGAAGUGAACGGCGGAUCCAGGCGCUCUUCGGCUUCCUCAGCAUCCUCUGCCUCCCCCGGUGACCCGUGCGACGACCCGCCGAUCCAGCCGCGGGUGGAGCACGAGGAGACCGCGGAGAAUGGUAGAUCGGACUCUCCCCCCAGCCCCGACAGCACCCCGGAGCCGUCUGUAGACUUAAGCGUGCAAACUCUGGAGAGUGUCAGUCUGGACGACAGCAGCGCAGCCCCGGAGGACCCCAGCCAGCCGGACAUCUCUCUGUUCGUCAAGGCCGGAAAUGAUGGAGAAAGCAUCGGCAACUGUCCCUUCUCUCAGCGCCUCUUCAUGAUCCUCUGGCUCAAAGGAGUCGUGUUCAACGUCACCACUGUUGACCUCAAAAGAAAGCCAGCAGAUUUGCACAACCUGGCCCCGGGGACGCACCCUCCUUUCCUGACCUUCAACGGAGAAGUCAAGACCGAUAUCAACAAGAUCGAGGAGUUUCUGGAGGAAACGCUCGGUCCUCCAAAGUAUCCCAAACUGGCAGCCAGGCAGAGAGAGUCCAACACAGCUGGAAAUGACAUCUUCGCCAAGUUCUCAGCCUUCAUCAAGAACACCAAACCAGAGGCCAACGCAGUUCUAGAGAAAGGUUUGAACAGGGCCCUGAAGAAGCUGGAUGACUACCUGAACAGCACCCUGCCAGAUGAGAUCGAUGCAGACAGCAUGGAGGAGGAGAAAGGCUCCAACAGAGGCUUCCUCGACGGAAAUGAGCUCACUCUCGCAGACUGCAACCUGCUGCCUAAACUGCACAUAGUCAAGGUUGUCGCUAAGAAGUACCGCAACUACGACAUCCCCUCAGAAAUGAAGGGGGUUUGGCGGUACUUGAAGAACGCUUCCACACGUGACGAGUUCACCAACACCUGUGCUGCUAACUCAGAGAUCGAGACCGCCUACAAAGACGUGGCGAGGAGACUGGCCAAGUAAUUCGCCAAGCAACCCCGAGCUCAGACAAAAUAAACUAGUAACACAACACAAAAAACCCCAAUCACUUUUCAACAUAAAUGUGACUGUCCUUUGAGUCUUGUUCAGUGGUAUUUUCAGGUCACAUACCUUAUCUGUCUGUCAUAGUCAGAUAUUGCAGGGUGGCUUACAGGCCCACUGCUUUAGUUAUGUGGUGUUGCAAUUGCAAAAACAGACAUGGCAAAAGAGAAGUGGAGCGGACGGCAAAUCAAGCACAUUUAACUUCAAACCACGUUCAAAUUUUGCAGCUAUGAAACUUUUGACAUAACACUUUUCAAACAUGAUUGUGUCCCGUCCUGUAUUUAUUUCUCAUAACACAAAGCUCUCUUUCAUACAAACUCCAGCGGUCCGCACGGCCAAACAUUUUACUAGUUGCUGAUGUCAGGGUCGUUCACUUUAUUUAUUCCUAAACCCACAGAAGUCUAGUCUGACUCCAGUGUUUAUUAUCAAGCUUCUGGCUCCAGGGGAGACACCUUGAUUCAUCUAUGACUGAUGAUUGGCGCUAUAAAUGUUUUGCUUAAUAUGACUGUUGCGAUCUGCAGAUUUAUUUUGAUUGUCGGUGUUGCUGUUUGUUUACUCGAGCUUGUACGUAUCUUGAAGAUUCACUCCUGCUUUUGAACGAUUGAUUUUAAGAAAAUUUGAUUCAAACCAAUUAUUUGACAUGCUUGAUGAUGUUAGUUGCAAAAAUAUUUAGCUGACAUUGAUAACUCAGUACAAAGCUCGUUUAUGAUUUGUUUGCAUGCAUGAAUCUCAUUUAAAAUGUCAUAUUUAAAAGCUGCUUUCCAAGAUGUGAAAAAUCCACUACUAUGUGCCUUUAUUUGGAAGUAUUCAAAAUCCAUGCCAAUGUCACUGAUGGACUCAAAACAUGUAUUGCAGCCAGAGAGGAGACAUUUGUUCUGCCUCUAGCUAUGUUCAGUGUAGGUAUUGAUUUUGUCUUCAGUUACACAUGAUAUUAUGAAUGGAGAGUAUUUAUUUAGCAGCCCCAAUCAGGCCUGAUUAGGUAGAGCCAUUAAGGCUUUGAUGGAAAGCGUCUUCCAGGCCAGGUCCGCGAUGGUCAGAAGAAGCCUGCCCUCCAGCCCUUCAUCAAAGACACAUUUCCUCUGCUUAGCCCAUCAUCAUCCACAGGUUAAAGUUCAAAUGUUUCAUUGUCCAAGCCGAGAGACGAUGGAAAUUUGUCUUGGGGGGCUUAUCGUCUUUGGCUUGAUGUCAGGCUGCAACUAUAGCGAGACUUCCUUGCAGAACCAUAAGGCUCUUGUGUGGUUUGGACAAACAUAUGAUAUGAAAUUGGAGCAUGAUGACUGAAAGCCUUGCUCAUUGCGAAGCUCUACAAAUAAAAUAAUAUUU